UUGUUUCCACCUUCUGUUAUCCGGAUAUUCCUUCUGUUUUUGAUGGGUGGGGAGCAUUAUCUUGAAAAAAGUCUUGGGCAAAUGUUCCUGGCUGUGAGCUGUCACUGUUGUCGCAGUCGUCUUCAGAAAAAGCACACAGAAAUGAAGACAUCUUCACCAUCCUGUAGCUCACCACCUGCUUAAACCUUCAUUGGCAGAACACGUUUUAAACUUGAAGACGCUUGAAAUACCUGGUUACUUAUUACUAAAAAACCAAAAUCAAGGUAAUAUUUUGAUAACUUAAAGCUUUUCUGUCUGCAGAAUCUUUCAGGCUUUUGUUGGCCUGUGACUCCAGAAGACUUGCAGGAAAAACAGAAGCUGAAUGAGUCAACCCUGGAGUGCUUAGCCAGAAUGUUAAGUAAAAAACUGUUCAUUCCAUACUCAAAUUGCUUUUACUUCAGUCCUGCAAGAAAGGAAAAGUCAGAGCAGCUUCGUGAAGGUACAAAUCAAUCACUUGGUUGUUUAAAGUAGAGGAGUCUGCUCUGCAUAGACACCAUGUGGGAUUUCAGACUUUCUCCUGUUCUGUGAGUGGCUUCAAGUUCUGCUUUUGGAGUUGCAUAAAACCUAUGGAAGCUGGUUACUUAUGCAACUAAAUGUAGGCAAAAUCUGCUCUGAAGCUUAAAAUACUCUUUGGCCUUUCACAGUAGUUACACAAAUAUGGGUGAAAGUAUUAUCUAGAGGAUGCGUUUUGCUGCUGUACUUCCCACUGAAAGUGCAGAAUCAUGGUGAAGCCUGAUUGCCUGCUAUGCUCCCACUAAGCUCCUCUAAAAAGCAGAUGAUAAGUUUCAAAGGUAUGGUUCAAAAUCCCUUUUCAUGCUUACCUGAGCUGAGAAACUUGCAAGAAAGAGUGAAGCACCAUGGUAUGUAUACUUGGUAUUCUGCGAAAAGAAGUUCAAACUCAUUUGUGACUUCCAUUGUUUGUGAAAAGGUGUGUCUUUUUGCACUUCUGAGUGUUUAAUCUUCUCUUAUUUGAAUGCUCUCUUAACUUGCUUUGUGAGAUCAGGGGACACUCCCAGUCUACAGUGUAGCAUUAGCCUGUUUCUUCUUUUACAGAGGCUGGCCUGCAGUCUGUAGCCCAGCAGUGUGGGGAGAGUGUGAGGUCCUCAUUUUGUUCAGUAGACUCUUGUUUCUCAUAUCUCAGAGUCCCACACUUUUGCUGUGAUCUUGAGUUGAUGCAGGUUGAGAUGCCAGUCAGGGCUUGAAACAGAUUUCCUGGUGUGUUUCUGUGCUGUGUGGAGGGCUGUGCUCUUUCAGCCCCCAGAAGCAGCAAGCACCUGACUGCCUGCUCUGCGUGCUGAGGGCUGAGCUUCAUGUCCUGGGUGUGUGCUCAGGGGCAGGAACAGACUGGGCGUAUGAGUCUGAGGUGAAGGCAUCACUGGUUUAUGAGAGAUGAUCGGCUUUGUGGUGGGGAAAGGUUAUUAGGAGGGUGAGAUUCUCUGAAGGAUUCUUGUUUGACACAGAAGAGCCCUUUGGAAGUGUGAAAUCUCACAGCUUUUGGUUUUUUUUUGAUUACUUGCAGUCUCAGAGUUGUAGAGAGGCCAGUGAGAGCUUGUUUUGCAGCACCACGUUGCUGGUAGCUGAUUGCCAUGUCCUUCCCAAGGGGGGAGUGCAGAUGUUAGCAAUCCUCAGCACGCCAAACCUAAACAAGAACUAGAAGAAAAGAAAAUUAAGUACUCCCUCUUGCAUUUUUUGUAAUGCAGCAGCUGGUUUUGAUCCACAGAGCUAAUGUUUCUGGCACUUCAACAAGGAUGUUGGUGUUUUGUUUGUCUGUGAUGAUCAAGCUUUUCUUCCAGUUGGAUGCAUCUGCUUGUCCUGAGAAGUGCCACUGCUCUUCAGAAAAUGCAGUUCAUUGUUCUGGUCCCCACAUUAAAGACCUGGAAUCCUUAAAUCUGCCUUGCAACGUGACAGAAAUACACAUAACGGACACAAAGGUCACCUACUUGCAGGAUGUUUUUGCUGGGAUGGUGGGACUGCAACAUCUCAUCUUGUCUUCAAACAACAUCUCUCUGAUUGCCCCAGUGGCUUUUAAAGGCUUGAGAAGGCUAAAAGCCCUCAAACUGGUAGAAAAUAAGCUGGUUGAACUACCUCCAGAAGUGUUUGGUGACAUGGUACAGCUUCAGCAAUUGAUCAUUGAAAAUAACAGGUUGAAAGCCAUCGAAGAAAAUCUGUUUAACAAAUUGGUUAGUUUGGAGGAGCUUUUCUUGAACAAAAACCACCUCACAGCGCUUCCCAGUGGCAUGCUGAAGAAACUUGCCAAACUCAGAGUACUGAACUUGUCAAGAAAUUAUUUGGCAGCGCUGCCUAGAAAUAUAUUUAGUGCGUUAACCAAGCUUGAGAAGCUGAUGCUGUAUUUUAACAGACUGCCUUCAAUAGAGUCUGGUACCUUUGAUAGCCUGAAGGAGCUGCUGGAACUCUUCCUGCAUUCCAAUAACAUCCAGUCCGUCGCCCCUGAUGCUUUUCAUUGUCUUCAUAAACUAAGAAGUCUCACUCUCUCCAGAAACAAGCUUCAAGUUUUACCUUCUGGACUGUUUCUGCACUUGCAUGACCUGUCUAAAUUGACCUUGUACAGCAACCCUCUCAAGGCUCUUCCAGAAGUAUUGUUUGGAGAAAUGAGGAAUCUUGGUAGCCUGUGGCUGUAUCACACAAAGCUCUCAACAAUACCAGAUUUUGUGUUCAGUAACUUGACAAAUUUAGAGCUUCUUGUGCUGAGUUUUAACCCAGAGCUUAGUGUGCUUCCUAAGAACGUGUUCAGUGGGCUGGAUGAACUGCGGAGCCUUUCUCUGCAUACAAACAAUAUUUCCAGUUUGCCAGAGGGCAUCUUCCUGAGCCUUCAGAAACUGCAGAAUGUUUCCCUGUUUGAUAAGAGGCUUGAGGUUCUUCCUAGGAACCUUUUUCACAACCUCAAGCACCUUCAGAGAGUUUACUUGAAUAGUACUAAGCUGCAGUCUCUCCCUGGAGACAUCUUUGCUGCUUUACCUGAGCUGCAAGAAGUUGUCCUUGACAACAACCCUUGGAAAUGUGAUUGCCAGAUUCUUGGCUUCCGAGAGUGGCUUCAGAAGAGCAUGGGAAUAGUUAAAGAUGUGCCCUCUCUAACCUGUCACAGCCCACUGGCACUGCAGAAUGUUUCUCUUAUGGCUCUAAGAGUGGAUCAGCUUAAGUGCCUCCUAACCACUGCCACUACAUACAAGAUGCUCAGCUCAAUUUAUCCCCAGACCCCUACUUCUCUUGUUAUGGAGCCCUUAACUACUUGGGAGAGUACUGUAACAGCAGUGCCUGAUGUGGAUACCAGCACACCCAUGUCAGUUCCUCCUGCAGCUCCAGCUUUUGCCAACUCAGGCAUUGCAGAUGUCGCACAGCCUAGGUUUUGUUUCUCAGACAUUCCAAGCCAAACUUCUCCCAGCAUCGUAGUACAAACCAACAGUGUCAGAGGAACAGAUUUAAGUGCUCUUGCCUGGUGGGAUGAGCUGCCAGCCCUCAGGAGUCCUAAACCCUAUUUUAAUACCCAACUUGCUUAUUGUCAGCUAUUCUUGUGCCUUCACAGUUUGAUUGUAGUACUCCAGACUGGAAUCAUUGUGCUCAGUUUGUAUGUGAUGGGUACAACCAGGCAACUCUUGCAUUCCAGAAAUACUCUUGCUCAGCCUGUAGUUCUGGUAAGAUUUUUAAGAAGCUAAAGAAUACUAGCCAAGGAGAGGAUUGGAAGCAUUGAUUUUGGAUGGACUUUGAGCAUUUGGGCAGUUGACACUUGAUUCAGCUAUGGAUUACAAAUCUUCAUAGCAAGAGCCAUAGAGGCCUUGUCUUACAGCAUAAUGAAAACACCUUGCAGAGUUUGCCAGAAGCGUUUGUAGUCAUUGUGUAUUGCUGCAGCACUUGGUACAUGAACCCAGAGGGAGAGCUGAAAGAAAAUCUCUGGUCACUGCUGCACAUGUACUGCUGGUUCCCUGCAUGGGCUGCAGCCCUGUCCUGCCCCACUGCCUGCUGCUGUGCUCGUGCUGCUCAGAACAUCGGGGCAUCAACGUAGGGCAGCGGCGUAGGAACACAGCUUUAACUGCCCUUUAAAGGUUGCAUGUAGGACUGCAAAUGCUGUUGUGCCUUCCACUGCCUGCGGUGUUUUGUCUCCUUAUUGAGAAAGUAAACAGUAUUUUUGGGAGGAGAUGCUGAAGAAGACCUUGUAAAGAGCACCAGGAUGGUAUGGAACGAGUGUCAUUACAUUCUAUCCUCAGCCCCUUUCCAGGACAUGGCAGGAGGAAGGGGCACCGUUUGAAGCCAGCAGUGCUUUCCCCUAGCUCAACCAGGGGAAGGUGCUGUGCUAGGAAGUAUAAUCUUAGUGUAUUUUGUUGUUUGGUUGGUUUUUUUGAAACUUUGUAAUGUUGCUACAACU